GGAGCUCCCCUACGCUGGCGCGGAAGCGGGCGUAGGGGCGCGUACCCCGGUGCCCCGCGGCUGCCCGCGGCCGCCCGAGCGCCCUCCCGGGCUCCAUGCGCGACCAUGGCGCAGAGCCUCCGGAGCUGGCUGGCGGGCUGCCUCCUGGUGUCAGCAUUAGGAAUGGUGCCACCUCCUGAAAAUGUCAGAAUGAAUUCAGUUAAUUUCAGGAACAUUCUACAGUGGGAGUCACCUGCUUUUCCCAAGGGGAAUCUGACUUUCACAGCUCAGUACCAGAGUUAUAGGAAAUUCCAAGAUGUAUGCACAAGUACUGUCUUGACGGAAUGUGAUUUCUCAAGUCUUUCCAAGUAUGGUGACCACACCUUGAGGGUCAGGGCUCAAUUUGAAGACGAGCAUUCAGACUGGAUAAACAUCACCUUCUGUCCUGUGGAUGACACCAUUAUCGGACCUCCCAGAAUCCAAGUAGAAGCACUUGCUAAUUCUUUACAUAUGCGUUUCGUAGCCCCGAAAAUUGAGAAUGAACCUGAAACAUGGACCAUGAGGAAUAUUUAUAACUCAUGGACUUAUCAUGUGCAAUAUUGGAAAAAUGGCUCUGACGAAAAGUUUCCAGUUACUGGUCAGUAUGACUUCGAGGUCCUCCGAAACCUUGAGUCACAGACAACUUACUGUGUUCAAGUUCGAGGGUUUCUUCCUGAUCGGAACAAAACCGGGGAGUGGAGUGAGCCUGUCUGCGAGCAAACAACCGCUGACGAAAUCACCCCCUCCUGGAUCGCGGCCGGGGUCCUGGGAGCCUCGGUGUGCGCCGCCCUCCUGUUGCUCGUUGGCUGCUUCGUCUUGCUGCGGUGCGUUUACAAGAAGGCCAAGCAUGCCAUCCCCCCGAGGAAUUCUCUUCCACAGCACCUGAAAGAGUUUCUGAACCACCCUCAUCACAGCACACUUCUCUUAUUCUCCUUCCCGCUGUCGGAUGAGAACGAAGUUUUUGACAAACUGAGCGUCAUCACAGAAGUGUCUGAAAGCCCCAAGCCGAACCUUGGGGCGGGCUGCAGCCUCAGGACCUUGUCUGGGCCGGGACCCUCUGAGCUGGUCUCCAAGGAGGAAACACACUCAGCCGGGCACAGCGACCCCCUCCUCACGCCUCCCUCUGACGGUGAUCAGAGCAACCGGCAGACAAGGGCUGAGACCAGCUGAGUGACCCCCAAAUUGAGAACCUCAGACGCUGGGACAACGUCCACACCACCAAGGAGCUGGAUUCUCAACGCUCACUUGGCACAAUUACUCCAUCUUGGGAACUAGCCGCCUUAUAAAGGCCUUAGUGAUUUGAAAAAAUAGC